AUGGAGAGCCGGCGCCUGCCCUCCUACGGCCGCCGCUUCGGCCCCUCGGUGCCCGGGUACCGGCUGCUCCCCGGCAGCGCCCCGGCCCGGCUCCGGGCGCCCCGCAGCCCGCAGCUGAGCCCCCGGCCCGCCUCGGGCAGGAUGGAUUUCUCGCUGGCCGCGGCGCUCAACUCGGAGUUCAGGGAGACGCGCACCAACGAGAAGGCGGAGAUGAUGGAGCUCAACGAGCGCUUCGCCAGCUUCAUCGAGAAGGUGCGGCUGCUGGAGCAGCAGAACAAGGCGCUGCUGCUGGAGCUGAGCCAGCAGCGGGAGCGGGAGCCCUCGCGUGCCGACAGCUACCGGGAGGAGCUGCGGGAGCUGCGGCGCCGCGGGGAGCACUUGGCCACCGCCAAGGCCCGGCUGGAGAUGGAGAGGGACAACCUGGCCGAGGAGCUCGGCAGCCUCCAGCAGAAGCUGCAGGACGAGGUGACCCUGAGGCUGGAGGCUGAGAGCAACCUGGCUGCCUACAGACAGGACGUGGACAAUGCUGCCUUGGCUCGCCUGGACCUGGAGCGGCGCGUGGGGACCCUGCAGGACGAGAUCGCCUUCCUCCACAAGGUCCACGAGGAGGAGCUGCGGGAGCUGCGGGAGCAGCUGGCCCAGCAGCGGGUGCUCGUCGAGGUGGACGCGAGCAAGCCGGACCUGACGGCCGCGCUGCGCCACCUCCGCAGCCAGUACGAGGCCAUGGCCGCCAGCAACGCCCAGGAGACCGAGGAGUGGUACAAGUCCAAGUUCGCAGACCUGACGGACGCGGCCGCCCGGCACGCCGAGGCCCUCAGGGCGGCCAAGCAGGAGGCCAACGAGUACCGGCGCCAGCUCCAGGCCCUCACCUGCGACCUGGAGGCUCUGCGGGGCUCGAACGAGUCCCUGGAGAGGCAGCUGCGGGAGCUGGAGGAGCGCUACGCCCUGGAGACGGCCGGCUACCAGGACACGGUGGGGAGGCUGGAGGAGGACAUCCAGAGCCUCAAGCAGGAGAUGGCCCAGCACCUGCAGGACUACCAGGACCUGCUCAACGUCAAGCUGGCCCUCGACAUCGAGAUCGCCACGUACCGCAAGCUGCUGGAGGGCGAGGAGAGCAGGAUCACCAUCCCUGUGCAGAGCUUCUCCAAGCUGCAGAUCCGAGAGACCAGCCUGGACACCAAAUCUGUGUCAGAAGCUCACGUGAAGAGGAGCAUCGUGGUCAAAACUGUGGAGACCCGAGAUGGAGAGGUGCUGAAGGAGUCCAAGCAGGAGCCCAAGGAGGGGCUGUAGGGCGGGGGAGCCGCAGCAGCCGCAGCCCCGCAGGUCCCACGGGAGCCCCGGGCCGGGCAGAGGCACAGGAGGGGCCGGUGGCGCUUGGGGGGCACCUCCCUCCCGUGCACCCCUCGCCUCUCCCCGUGCCCAGGGUCCGGUGGCACCCGUGAGGGGCUGGCAGCCGGCAGAGAUCCGCUCGGACCGGGCAGCACCGCGGGAGGCCGGCGGAGCCGGGCGGGGCCGGGAUGCUCUCAGGUUUGGGGGCCCUUCCUGCCUCAUCCUGGUCUCCAGGGAGAGUCUCUGUCCUGUUUCAUCUCCGUGCACCCUCAGACAACACGGUGGUGCCAAGAGCAUCUCCCUGCAUCCACUCUCUGGCCUGGGAGGCCUCCCUGCAUCUCCCCAGGGCACCCAGACCCUGAGACCCUCGGCUGGGGGGACGCAGGGCCGAGGUACCGGCUGGAGAGGGA